AUGAUGUUUUGGUUGGCAAAUAUUUGGUGUGCCGUUUGUGUUUUGGUUGGAUGUUCGGCGAGUGGUAUGGUUUUGGACCUUGCUUCUGAUGUUUUACCUGAGGGGGUUGAGGCCUUCUAUGGAACCUUCUCGAAAGGCGGCGUAUACAGAUUUAUACGCGGCGUGGAGGAUCUCAUUACGGAAAUAAGAUACGGCGAUGAGCAGAUUUAUUUCGUCACGGGACUUAUGGGUGCGGUUGUCUACUCUCACGUGGAGGAUUUUCAUCGUGGUCACGAGCGAUACUUGAAAUACUACUCUGGUAGGGUAUCAUCGACAGGUGGCGUAGUAUUUCGCGGCCUUAUACUCCAAUAUAUUGAGCAUGACACUCAUGUGAAAAAUGUUUGCUUUUAA